UCUGCGAUCAGUUUCGCGACAACCGUUACGGUGGACGGACGGGUUUGGAACGGAUCCUCCGGAAGUCAGUCAGUGGCCGGCAGCAUAGCUAUAUGCACUCGAUGCACACUCUGUCAGUAGAAACGCGAACGGCUGAGUGUGCGGACGGUUGUUCGAACAUAGAGAUCCUCCGUCUGGUUUAUCGCGAGUGGCUAGAUAAUUUAUCAUAUGAGCAGCGUCCCGCUACCGCUGCUUCUGCUGCUGGAAAUAGGAUUUGCAGAAUUGCUGACAAAUUUGAGCUUGGCGGCUUAAAUUAGAUUUACGUGCGUUAAGUUUGAUUACCCGUACAGAGGAGAAUCGUUGGAGCUGUGUGUGGAUAGCGGCUGUCUGCUUGUUGCUGUUGCCGUUGCUCGUUGACUUAUUCUUGAUUGACACAGAUGGAUUUGAUCAAACGGUUUACUAGCUUUUAAACCGUCCGUAGUGGUGUCCUUAGAGAGUAGAUUGUAUAUUUUCUUGUUGGAGUUAAGUGGAACCAUAGAGAGCCGGUGGCAGAAUGACGCAAGAGCUGGGUGCCGCGUCGGUGCCGGAGAAAAUGAAGGAAAAGCACCUGUUGCCACCGCAACAGCAGCAAAGCAAGGGCCCGCGCCCCUCCACCACCAACACGCUGCUGGAAAAGUUUCGCUACUUCAAGAACAACAUCACAGUUGAGCCCAUCGUCGCGUGCUACAUUAUGCCCAGCGUGCUGGCCGGGCUGGCCACACAGAAUCUCAAUCUGGAGAAAGCCUGCCGGGUCAAUCUGGACUACGGGGAUACGAUCUGCGAUGCACUGACGCGACGAGAAACGGCCAACUAUACACAUGAAGAGGAAAUGAUCCAACAGAUGGUGGCUCGUAUGGCCGGUUGGAAAACUGUCCUGCAAAGUGCCCUGCCCUGUUUGCUUAUAUUGUUCUGGGGUUCCUGGAGCGAUCGGCACGGUCGCCGGAAACCGUGCAUUCUAAUACCGAUAAUCGGUGAAUUUACCACAGCGAUCGGUCUGAUACUGUGCACCUACUUUGAACGAGUGCCGAUGGAAGUGGCGGCCGUAACGGAGGCCCUUUUUCCGGCGCUUACCGGAGGUUGGUUCACAAUGUUCAUGGGUGUGUUCAGCUACAUUGCGGAUGUCACCACGACCGAGGAACGGACACUUCGCAUCGGUAUUGUGAACCUGUGCUUUUCGUUGGGUGUUCCUAUCGGAAUGGCGUUCAGUGGAAUUCUUUUGAAACAAAUCGGGUUUUACGGCGUAUUCUCGAUUUCGGCCAUCCUCUAUCUGGUGGCCUUCUUCUACGGUGUGUUCUUCCUCAAAGAGGUCGACAUUGUCGACGAGAAAGAACGGCUGAAGGCGAAGGAGAAGAACAUGGUGGCGGAUUUCUUCGACAAGGAGCACGUGCUGCAAACCUUCCGGGUGGCAUUCAAAAAAGGCGAGCGCCAACGCCGGCUGCGGGUAAUAAUGCUGAUGAUCGUGGUCAUGGUUGUCAUCGGACCGCUGCAUGGUGAGAUGUCUGUGAUCUAUCUCUUCACACGUUAUCGCUUCAACUGGAGCGAGGUGGAGUUUAGCUUCUUCUCCACGUACGGCAUGUUGACCGGGUUGGUGGGGACGAUCUUUUCGGUGGGUGUGUUUUCCCAUCUGCUGAAAAUCGACGACGCUCUGAUCGGGAUGAUGUCCUGCAUGUCGAAGAUCCUAUCGAGUUUCGUGUACGCUUUUGCCGUCACCACAUGGCAGUUGUAUCUCGGGCCAAUCGUGGAAAUGUUGAACGGCACCUCGUUCAUCUCGAUGCGGUCGAUCGCAUCGAAGUUGGUUGCUAGCGAUGAACUCGGAAAGGUGAAUUCACUUUUCGGUGUAGCGGAAGCACUGAUGCCACUCGUUUACGCCCCAAUGUAUACUACCGUGUAUGCCGCUACGAUAAAUGUACUGCCGGGGGCAUUUUUCUUGCUGGGCGGCGCAUUGACGGCACCGGCAGUGGUGAUUUUCUUGUGGAUGUACGGCGUGCAUAAACGGGAAGAUAAGAUACUGGCAGAAGAGUCUCGACUGAGUGACAAGUACAAACAGCUUGGCGAGGGCGUGGAAAAUGGAACCGCGUCAGGUCCGAGUGUAAUGAAUGGAACGGUAGAAGGUGCAAAGGCCGAGCCUGACACGGUCGUUCUCACUGGACGGCUUGGAUCCAUCCGGAGGCCAUCCUCGGCGAGGAGAUCGUCGGCCGUAAGUGUGAACGAGGAUGGGGUUGUGAAUGCCGUUUAUGCACCGGACGAAAACGAGAAAGUUAUUCACGAAACGUUAGAAAUAGUUAGGGAUCUACCUGUGCUACACGUGGAACAUUGCAAACUGUGACGAUCGGAAUCGGAUAUUUAGCGAGUAACCUACUGAAGUCAUUCGAUGUUACAUUUCUCUAGAAAAUAAAUAUAGAAAACCUCUCAUA